CAUCACCAUUUCCGGCAGUGUUCAUCGGGACUGCAAGGUGCGAGUUCCCUGAAGAAUACUUGGAAGCCAACUUGAUAUAGACUUUUAGAGAAAAUAGGAAAUGUUGGGUGGUGAGGCUUGUUUUAAUGAACUGGAUCCUUCCAGGAACCCAGUUCUAUUUUUGGAUGAAGACUAUACACUUAAGCUACAGAGUGAAACCCUACACAAUGAAACAUUAUUUGAGAUAUUAGACACAGCUAGUAAUAAUGGAGGAGGAGGAGGAAUUGAAGCAACAGAUGUGAGUAGUUUGUUGGCCCAGUUUGAAGAGGCAGCUGAUACAGCAAAAGAUAUACAAAAACUCUUUGAUGUGAAGACAGAAACUCCAGCUCCAGAGAUUCCAGAUCCAGCCAGUAUAAAGCUGUCUGAUGAUGUCAUUAGAAAAAUCCGAGCCCUCAAGGAGAAGAAGAAAUCAACAAUCAUGUUACCAAUGGGCAUGCCAUCAAAACGUGGAAGGGGUAGUGCUAUAGCCAUGCAUUCAAGUUCUGCAUCACAGAAACUUCAAAAAAUAAUGGCAUCUAAUUUAAAUGAGAAUUCAAUUAUAAAGUUAGACACAUACGUCCCAAGAAAAUCUUCAAUAUCAAAUGUGGAAAAAUCUAACGACGUUUGUGCUAAUUAUUAUACACCUAUACCAGAACAUGAUUACUGUCAGAAUGUACCGAAACCUGUGACGGAAACAAAUGUGUCUAUAGAUUAUAAUGAAGAGGAUAUUCUGGACCUUCAAGAUACUGAAACGUGGAGUGAUAAGGAAAACAAUGAGAAUGAUUCAGGUAUUAAUGAAUCUUUUGUUUCAAAUUCUAGUGCUAAGAAACAACUAAAUAACAAGAGGAACUACAGGAAAAGAGAUCGGGAAGAAAGUCCGGAGGUUGAGUUAGGAAAUUAUUUUGAUAAAAUUCCAUCCUAUUACACUGCCUUGUCAAGAAAACACAAUCAAAAGAAAGCAAAAACUUCGGCUUCAGAUAAACCGUUGGGUAAUUCAUCAUUUGAGGAUUCUUUACAAUCCAACCCUACACCUGACAGUGAUUCUUCAGCAUACAGUAAACUACCUGCAUAUUAUAGUUGUUUUACAAACAGUACAAAAUAUGAUAACUCAAAAGGCUUUGACAGUUCUCAGGAUAGUAGAAGUAGUGGUUAUUCUAGCAUACCAUCAUCAUAUAGGUCAAGGUCACCAUCUCCAUCCUAUGAAAGAUCACCUUCAAGGUCAAGAUCAAGAGCUCGUUACAACAGUGUUAGUCGUGGAAGGAGGAGAACAAGAGUAGAUAGACGUUCUUCAUACUCCAGUGCUGAUUCCAGGUCAAGUUCUAGAUCAUCAAAGUGUUCAAUGUGUUCAAGGUCAAGGUCAGUUUCAAGGACAAGAUGUCUUUCAAGAGAUUCUUAUUCAAGUGAUUCUUCUUACUCAAGGUCAAGAUCAAGGUCGCCAAAUUACAGACGGACCAGUCGAAGCAGAUCACGUGAAAGGCGACGACAAAAACGAGAAAAGGAAAGGGAAGAAAGAAAGCAACAGCAAAUUGAAGAGAGGCGAAUUAUCUAUGUGGGAAAAGUUCCAAAUGAUUACACAAGAAAGAAACUUCACACACGGUUCCAAAGAUUUGGAGAAAUAGAGGAAGUUAGUCUACAUUUCAGAGAACAUGGAGAUAACUAUGGAUUUGUGACUUUUCUCUACACCUGUGAUGCUUAUGCUGCUAUAGAAAAGGGCAAUACUAUACCUGGUGAAGAACGUUUUGAUCUUUGUUUUGGUGGCAGACGACAGUUUUGUGAAACAGAAUAUGCUGACCUAGAUGGGAAUGCAGAAAUGGAGGAGGAAUUCAAUCCAUACCCUACAACUUCUGAUCCUUUUGAUUUUGAUGCCUUGUUAAAACAAGCCAAGAAUAAAAUGGGGAAGAGAUAAUAUUGGACAAGCAAUAAUAAAACAAUCCUACAGUCUUUCAAAAGUAGUGGAAGUGUUUUGUUCCAUGGUAGUCAUCUAAUCAUACAUCUGUAAUACUGUAAAGUCACAAAUUUUCCCAAGGAAUUUAUCUUUUGCUAAUUUUGUGACGAGAUUAAAUUGUGAAAAUAUGCCUCACUUCUAUUUCAUUUUUUAUAAGAUCAGAAUCGGUGGCAAGAACAAAGCCAAAAUCUUAGAAAUCUUGAAAAAUGUUAACAGCACAAAGAACACUUUACAGUUGUCAACAUAUACAUAUCUACAGUCGUCCUAAACAUGCACAAGAAUAUUUCCUACUGGACGUUAAACAAACAUAUAUCAAUCAUUAUAUAUGGUAGUCUUAUUACAACAUCAUUUCCAUUGUGAUUAAGGAUACAUUUACAUAUGAAGUAUCAUCAACUUCUCGGGUUGUUUUCAUAAUGUGGUAGAGCAUUUGUUUGUUGUUUUUUUGUAGUGAUUUUGAAUAUGAAUGAAUUGUAAUAAUCUGUAUAAAUGACAAUGUUCAACUUGACAUAGAAAAGAUUUAUUUGGGGCAUUUGUUGACAAUUUUUGCAUUUUAUUGAGGGUUGUCAUGGUUAUUGUGUUUAUAUAAAUUGUACAAUUUGCUUUGGUGAUUAAGGCAUGAGCGUAUUUCAUAAUAGUUAUUAUACUAAAUUCUACUUUAAAAAGAUUAGAUUAAGGAUUUUUUUUUUUUAAGAGAAAAUUUAUUAUUAAAAGAAUUUAUAAAUAAGAAAAUAUAUUUUAGUUUAAUUAACAUGAUUAAGUUGUUAGAUAAUCAUAUAUAAACUAUAUCAAAACCUUCAUUUGUUUUUGGUUUAAUUAUCUUUAGUGCUACUUUUUUGUGUUUAUUCUUUAACCAAUUUAUGUCCAUUACCAUUUACUGUGCAUUCACAUUAACCUUAAUUUUCUAUUAUGUUAUCUGGAGGCAAUGUUGAUUGAUAUUUACAAAAAAAUAACUCAAUUAACUGGACUAUGAAAUGUGUAUGGAUAACAUAUGCUAACUGUAGGAAAGAGUAGAAUGUCUCAAAAUGAAAAGAAAAGAAAGACUGAGUGAAUAGUACAAAUGUUUGUUAUCUCUCGUGCAGAAUACUGUUUUUUUUUUUAAUUACAGAAAGUAUUUUUUAUUUAAUAGAUAUCCAAAAAACUUACCAAGUUUAUAGUGCUACCUAUUUUAUUCGUAUUUACCUAUAUUUUAUAGGGUUGCAACCUAUCAUAAACAUGCAGAAUGGGCAAAACCUUUUUUUGUUGUAUUUGAAAAAGAAUUUUGUUAAUGUGUUGUGGGAUUUUUUAUGCUAUAUAUACCUGUCACUUGAUUUAUAUAUAAUUACAUUGAUGAUAUAUAAUUACAUUGAUGUUUCAUAAGGAUUCCUAUAUUUUGAUAUGUAGACAACAAUCACAGGGUGUUUUAAAGUGAUGUUUUAUUUUCUUAUAAAUCGCAACAUCCAUGACUGCAUGCACUCUACAUGACAAGGUUACGCAUAGGAACUUAUAAAACUAAAGAAAGAAGUUAGAUUUAAUUGGUGAUUUUCUGGUUUAAGCAUUAACUAGUAUAUAUAAGAAUUGAAUGCGUCUUUUUGUCGUUUAGAGGGUUAUAAAGGUAUUGAUUGUUCACAAAUUUUCAGUAGAUAGCAUGGACACAAAAUAGACUUCAGUCAACACUUUAAUAUCCCUUUAAAACUACAAAAAGCAUUGAGUUAAUAUUUGAUUAUCUUUGGAUGUAAUUUAUUAUAUGUGAAUAGAUGUUUAGGUUGGCAUACUGUAGAUAGGGAAAUUUUUAACCUUUCACAUAUCUACAAUAAGGUUUUUUUUUUUUUUUAAGUAGUGCUUAUAUGUUUAGGGAAUGUGACAAAAAUGGGUUUCCAUUAAUUUUGGGAAUUACAAGAUAUCUUUCCUGGUUGUAAUCCUGAAUUAUACCUUCAUAUAACUUAGUCAUAGAUAGGGAAUAAACCUUCACAUCCCCAUAGGAACAGUUUUGGAAUUUUCCCUUGCCUGUCUUGUAAAUUUUCCAGAACUGGAUAAAAAAGAAAGUAGAAUAAUGAAGCCCUGAAUUUGAAGCCUAUAUAAUGUUAUAUCUGUAACCUGAAUCACAAUAGACUAAUCAGAAUCAUGGUAUAUUUGUGUAAAACUGUCAGGGAAACACGGAGUACAUGAUGUGUGUAUUUAUAGAGGAACAUUUGUGAUGGAAACACUGAGUACAUGAUAUGUGUAUUUAUAGAGGAACAAUUGUCGGUAUGAUUGACUCAUUGAUUUGUACAUCUUGAUAUAUUUCUAUGUAACAUUAUUUUGUAAAACCAUUUUGACUCGAAUUGUUUUGAUCCUUUGACUGUUUGGUUUAUUGCGACAUUUGAAUGGACUGUUAUGAAUGAAGUGACUGAUGUGAUUGUUUUAUAUGAAAUAUCUCAAAUUAAAUUACAAAAAUUUUCAA